AUGUUAGGCUACCAUAUGAAAGGAUUUAGUGGAUAUGGUGUACAGUACUCCCCAUUUUUUGAUAACAAACUAGCAGUGGCUACGGGGGCAAAUUUCGGAUUAGUGGGUAAUGGUAAAGUAUAUCUAUUAGAGAUAGAUUCGAAAGGCCAAAUUCACGAAACCAACUCUUUCCUUACACAGGACUGUCUGUUCGACGUAGCGUGGAAUGAAUUGCAUGAAAAUCAAGUUUUAGUGGCUCAAGGAGACGGGUCUUUACGUCUUUUUGAUACUACAUUAAAAGACUAUCCCAUUGAGAUUUUCAAUGAACAUGAGAGAGAAGUUUUUAGUUGUUCUUGGAAUCUCAUUACUAAGAAUACAUUCACCAGUAGUUCAUGGGAUGGUACUGUAAAGAUAUGGUCUCCUUUGAGGAAGGCAAGUUUACUUACAUUGGUCCCACAUCCUUUAAAAGUAAUGAAAAAUUUCGAUCAGGUAGAUAUACCAAUUUCCAACCAAAAAGCCCAUACGGCCAUUUCAAAGAACAAAAAUUGUAUAUAUCAGGCACAGUUCUCACCACAUGAUCCGAACCUAGUGAUAUGCUGCGCGGGUAACUCAUAUACCACGCUCUUUGAUUUAAGGCAGCCUUCAACAUCCAAUAACCAACAAAAUUUCUUCUCUCACUCGGGAUUGGAAGCUUUAACCUGUGACUUCAAUAAAUAUAGGCCAAAUAUAGUAGCAACUGGUGGUGUCGAUAAUACAAUAAGGAUUUGGGAUUUGAGAAUGCUCAGCAAGCAAUUUCAGGCAGGCACUCAGAGAGACAAUUCAAUAAUGUGCGUCAACGAAAUCAAGAAAGGGCACGAAUUGGCAGUAAGGAAGGUUUCAUGGUCACCUCAUAGCUCAACUACACUGUUGUCUACUUCAUAUGAUAUGACAUGCUGUGUGUGGCAAGAUCUGAGUUCCAAUGGAAAAGCACCAACGGGUAAAACCAAUAGCACAGAUUUCAGAAGAGGUUGUAUAACAAGGUUUAAUCAACAUUCAGAGUUCGUCUUCGGCGCAGACUGGAGUUUAUGGGGUCAACCUGGAUUUAUUGCAUCUACCGCCUGGGAUGGUAACGUGUUCGUUUGGAACGCAUUCCGUAAAUAG